GGUGGGUGUUUGAAGAGUUAGCUUUUCUUUUUCGUUUUCAAACUCUACCAGGCGGAGGCGUUGUGUGACAUAAACAAAGAGAAGAAGAUGCACUAUUACAGAUAUGAAAAUGCAGAGGUCAGCUGUUGCUACAAAUACCUCAUGUUCAGCUACAACAUUAUCUUUUGGCUAGCUGGAACAGCAUUCAUUGCAAUUGGUUUCUGGGCCUGGAGUGAAAAGGGUGUUUUAUCAGAUCUGACGCAAGUCACACGUCUACAUGGUUUCGACCCAGUUUGGGGGGUGCUUGUUGUGGGCACAGUCACUUUCAUUUUGGGAUUUGCUGGUUGUGUCGGAGCACUGCGGGAAAACAUCUGCCUCCUUAAAUUUUUCUCUGGAGUCAUUGGCUUCAUCUUCUUCCUGGAGCUGACGGCUGCGGUGUUGGCAUUUGUGUUCCAGGGCCAAGUUAGGGAGUGGAUCAACGAAUUCUUCUUGGCCAAUGUAAAGGCCUACAGGGAAGACAUUGACCUGCAGAAUCUGAUCGACUCUCUUCAGAAGCUGAAUCAUUGCUGUGGAGCUAAAGACCCCAAUGACUGGAAUCUGAAUGUGUAUUUUAACUGCUCACAGAGUCAGCUCAGCAGAGAGAAAUGUGGCGUGCCCUUUUCCUGCUGCAUCAGCGACCCUGCUGAUACAGUGGUGAACACGCAGUGUGGAUAUGAUGUUAGAUCAACUGGCGCAGCGUCUCAAUGGAGCAACACCAUUUAUGUCAAAGGAUGCAUGAUGGCUUUAGAGGAGUGGCUUCCACGCAAUCUGUACAUUGUGGCUGGAGUCUUCAUAGUCAUAUCAUUGUUACAGAUGGUGGGAAUCUUCUUGGCAAGGACGCUGAUCGGAGACAUAGAAAAAGUAAAGUUUAAUUAUUACUGAGCUCAUGUAACUGGAAGCGAGCAGGGCAAUGUAUGGAACAAUAUGUGGACCUCCAGUUAUUCUUUUUUUUCAUGGAGGACAAGAACAUUUGUUGAAAAGAGGACUCAGGACCAUUCACUUGGACCACCUUUUCAGCAUUUCUAAAGACCAGAUAUUGAAUAUGCAGCUGCCUAAGUUCAUUUGGA